CCCGACCGAAGCUGCUACCUUGACGCGGUGGUCGGGCUUGCCCAUCGUGAUAACCCAACCGAGCUAUAUUGGCUGGAACAUAUGUUCCUGUAGGUUCUAUCAUGCCAGGAAGGUCGAUUGGAGAACGGCAAAACUAAAAGCAGCAACUCAAGGUCUGAGGGCGAAGUCGUACUGCUGACUGUAGAGGGGUGUGACGGCAGUAAGGUGUUUCCCUCGGACAACCAGCAUCUGCAGCGAUGCUGCCUUCCCACAAGGAGGGGUGGGGUUAGAAAAGGUCGACCCUAAAAAUGUCACACCCCACCUUACCUCGCGGAUUUUCGUCUCCGGCGGUAAGGCCCUUUGAAAAACGGAGCUAACUCAUUAAAAACCUUCCACAAAAGGGCCGUGCGCGACCGACCCCAAGCAGUUGUCUCUUGGGCUCUGCGGUCACGCUCCCAGGUCGUUAAUACCAACACUAAUCCGACUUUUUUCAGGUUCCUCAAGAAAUACCCUUCCACGGUGUAGGCAGCCGGGAAGUGUUAUCAGCCCUCAUACCUGUAACAGCGCACGAAACCAAGUUGGUCACAUUCAAAUCCUUCCUACACCUCCUAAUACCUCUUAUUUCCAUGACUAACCCUCCUCACAUUACUUUAUCACCUCGCACCGGUAGGGCAAACGAUUCGAGUACGCGGAGCGCUAUUCCUGAUCUUCUGAAACCACGCUCUAAACUACACGUAAGAGCUUUUAACGUCCGAACACUGUGCCAAAUAGGACAACAGGCUUCCUUAGCUAGGACUUUAGAAUCCCACGCCAUCGAUGUGUGCUGCAUCUCCGAAAUGCGCAUACAGGAUCCGAGUAGCGUCAUUCAUCUGACCUCACCAUGCCAAAAUAAAGAACCGACUCGAUUCACACUUCGUGUAUCUGGAAGCUUUGAUUCUGCUUCCCGUGGCCUCGCCGGCGUAGGUAUAGCAUUGAGUCGUAGGGCAGAACUAGCUCUCUUAGAGUGGAUCCCAGUAGACAGUCGUUUGUGCGCUGUCCGACUAAACGGAACAGUAAGGAUCCGAAAAGAUAGGGACACUCGUCGUUGCCUCUUCGUCGUCUCUGCCUAUUCUCCCACUGACUGCAGCGCAGAUGAUGUAAAAGAUGAGUUUUACAGAAAGCUCUCCGACCUCCGAAAAGCUAGGCGCUCAGAUGUAGUAAUAAUGGCCGGUGACUUUAAUACUCAAGUAGGUAAACUAAGCGAUAGGGAAAGACACCUGGGUGGAUCUUAUAGCAUCGUGGCUCAAAGGACAGAUAAUGGCGACCGUCUGUUGCAGCUAUGCUCAGAUAACCGCCUGUUCCUUGCAAAUACUAACUUUAAGCAUAAGGAAAAACAUCUUUUAACAUGGCGACCCCCUAAUUCGUCCCAACGUUGGACCCAAAUAGAUCACAUCGCCAUCAGCCACCGAUGGAGGGGCUCGAUAGAAGACUGUCGCUCAUUCUGGAGCACAUGCUUAGAUUCAGAUCAUGCUCUAGUACGAGCGCGUAUCUGUCUGCGUCUUACUGGGCGUAGGAAAGACGCUGCAAGGAAACCUCUUAGGGCCCUACUUAAUGAUAGUCAAACUAAGAGUAUAUUUCAGGAACAACUAGGAAAACAGUUAGGCAGCCAUGUAUGUGAUGCCCACACCGAGGCAGCAUGGAAUGAUAUCCGUAAAGCUGUGGAAACAGCAGUGAUAUCUGCUAGUACUGUAACCCGUAAGGUUAGGGAACGACACUGGAUCUCAGCAGCAUCUAUCGCACUGAUAGAUGCUUGGAAACUCAUUCCACCUGGCUCUGAACAUAAUGAAGAGCGGAGUCAGCUUAAGCGCAAGCUGACAAGAAGUCUACGAAAUGAUCGCGAACAGUGGUGGGUAGCGAAAGCAAGAGAGAUGGAAAAGGCAGCGGCAGUAGGUAAUAGCAGACAAUUGUUCAGACUUGUUAAGGAAACCGGUAUUAAGAAACCGACUGUUAGCGAAACACUCUCAGAGAAAGAUGGACAUAUUAUACACUCUCAAUCCAGGAGAUUGGAUCGAUGGGCAGAACACUUCAGGGAUCAGUUCAACUGGCCUUCAGCCACACUUCGGUUUCCCACGAUCUCCAGUCAACCUGAAUGGCAAGUUAAUGUAGGUCCUCCGUCUCUUUACGAAGUUGAAAAAGCCAUUGGAAAUCUGAAGCGAGGGAGAGCAGCAGGCCCUGACAGGUUUACUCCUGAGAUUUUUGAGGAUGGUGGUUCAGUAUUAGCAGUGAGAUUAACUGAGGUCUUAGGUAGAAUUUGGGAACUGAACGCAAUCCCAUCUUACUGGUCUCAAUCUCUGAUUGUGCCAGUCUAUAAGAAAGGACAAAAGUCCUCUUGUGACAAUCACAGAGGAAUCAGUUUGACUAAUAUAGUGUCUAAAAUAUUAGCUUCAAUAAUACUUCGACGCCUAACCAAAGCUCGUGAAGAGCAAACUAGAGUAAACCAGGCUGGUUUUCGACCUGGACGUGGUUGUAUAGAUCAGAUAUUCACACUACGUCAGGUUCUAGAACACAGACACACGUUCAGACGCUCCACAAUGGUAGUAUUUCUCGACCUUAAGGCGGCAUUCGACUCUGUUGAUCGUAAGGUUCUAUGGCAGUGUUUGUCAUUGAAAGGAGUACCAAAGAAGUACAUUAACCUUAUUCAGGCUCUCUACUCGAACACAACUGGUAGAGUGAGAGCUUAUGGCGAACUGUCAUCAGAAUUGAUUACCUCAAGUGGUGUUCGUCAGGGCUGUCCACUCUAUCCUUUCUUGUUUAACUUUGUCGUUGACGUGCUUUUAGAGAUGACCCUUUCCUCAUCUAAAUUUCCAGGGGUUGAACUUCUACCAGGAGGUUCACUUGUUGACUUAGAAUAUGCUGAUGACAUAGUUCUAUUUGGCGAAGACGCUGACAACAUGCAGAGUCUUCUGACCACUCUAAGCAACAAUGCAAGCAUGUUCGGGAUGCGAUUCUCUCCCUCGAAAUGCAAAAUGUUGCUUCAGGAUUGGGUUACAUCGACACCCGAACUAGUGAUAGGGAGUGAAGUAGUUGAGUGUGUCGACCGCUUCACUUAUCUUGGAAGUCUCAUCAGCCCAUGUGGUCUGGUGUGUGACGAAACCUCAGCACAGAUACAGAAAGCUCGACUAGCUUUUGCCAACUUGCGUCAUUUAUGGCGUAGGCGAGAUAUCCGUCUAUCAACCAAAGGACGGGUUUACUGCGCAGCAGUUCGUUCUGUCCUGCUUUAUGGCAGUGAAACAUGGCCGGUAAGAGUAGAGGAUAUUCGUAGACUACUAGUAUUUGAUCAUAGGUGUCUGCGAAACAUUGCUCGUAUAUCAUGGGACCAUCGAGUAAGUAACACAGUUGUUAGGAAACGGGUACUAGGUAAGGAUGGCAAAUCAAUUGAUGAAGUAGUGAAACUUCAUCAGUUGAGAUGGCUGGGACACGUGUUACGUAUGCCCAACGACCGACUGCCCCGACGUGCAAUGUUCAGUGGUAUAGGAGUAAGUUGGAAGAAAGCUAGGGGCGGCCAGACCAAAACAUGGCACAAGUCCAUGAAGUCACUGACAAGUGGAGUGAGUCAUGUCGGUAGGUGUAGACUACCUGGUUGGGGACCGCGAGAUGAUAACAACCGAUAGUUAGAGACCUUGAAUGACAUGGCUCAAAAUCGUUUGCAAUGGUGCAGGUGCAUCCACUCUUUAUGUUUUCCCAAAUUUUGAUCUCCUGAUUCCCCCUUGUCUCUUUUUUUCUCUUCCCAAGUUUAUUUCACUGUAUUCUACUCUUUAAGUAACAUCUCCAAACACUAAUCUUUCCGAUUACUGCUUAUACUCUUAAUACCUCUACCACUACGGGAUUUGAAUCGACCACUGCAUUUCUGUGCUAAUGUGGUGUGGCAACUCGAACUGAUGUACGUACGUACGAAGUUCUACGUUGUUGCUGACUGACUGCGCUCAAUUGUUUCAUAGGUUUUCUCCAACUGCUUGGAAGUUAAAAAUGAUAGUAUUCGUCAUUUGGAGAAACAGGUUCAUAUAUUUUACAUGACUAACAGAAAUGUCUUCAUCGUAGUCGGGAAUGAUAAAUACAUAUAGAGUCAUAAUUAAAAUCGUCUACACGACUGAUUGUUUGUUGGUUAACUGAUGGAAAUUCUAGAAGACAAAGCAAAACUUGAUGUUUAUUUAUUUAUUUAUUUAUUUUAUUUGGACACAUGAAUAUUGGUACAAGAGAGCGCCAAUAUAUAUGCGCCACACAAAACAAUGAAAAUACGAAGAGGAAUAC